AUGGAGUCGCCUAUCAACCCAGUCGUGUGGCAGGUGCUCUUCAACGCUGCUCUCGGAACCCUCUCGGUCGGCACCCUCUACUCCGUCUACCACCAGAGGUAUGACAUGGAGUCGGUGCAACGCACGGCGUUCCUGGAGCUACGCAAGGCGGACACUGAGGAAGCCCGUAUGGCAAAGCUGACGGAGCUGCAGGCGGCGUGCAGGCCGGAGGCGGUCCGCCGCCAACCCUCUGCUCGCAUGAGCGCGCUCAAGUACGGCGCUCCCAUUGUACAGAUGGCGAAGCUGGAGAAGGAUGGCUCAAAUGUGGCGAGUGUUUGCAUGGCUGUCAAGGUCAUUCUGUAUAUCUACGGCCCCAACGCUGAGGGUAGGCAGAAGCUAAACAGCCUCGACGGCUACAAGGUGCUUCUAACCACUCUGAGCGAGGCGCAGCGGCAGGGAGAGGACGACCUGAUGGGGGACGUGGCCCAUGCACUGGAUGCCCUGACCGAGGUGGACGAUUCCGAGGUAGUCCUCGACACGGAUGUGCCCAAGGGAAGCGAAGGCACGGCCACGUUGGCUCGCUUGCCGGCCACCGUCAAAAUGCUGCGCAUCCUCGACCCCGAAGGCCCUGUCACGUUUCUUGCGUCUCUCACGGGUAUUUUUGCCAACAUCUGCACUCUCACGGAAGGUGCCGUCAACAUCGGCAGCGGCGUAGACGGGCACAGCGGCAUGUCUUUUUUCUUGCGGCUACUCGACCACGCUAACCGCCGCGUCGUGGCGAACGCUAUCACCGUGGUGCGCUUCCUCGCUCGUGCCCAGGUCUGCCAGGAGGAGCUGAUCGAAGAAGAGAACAUGGCGCGCCUGGCGGACAACCUGCAGGUGACCGGCGAACCGGUGAUCGUAAACUCUAUCCUAACGAUUAUCCUGGUGAUGGCCGGCAGCAAGAAGUAUGGCGAUGCCUUCUUCACUUGUGUUGCCUCCAGCACCAUUCUCACCACCCUCUUCGAGCUGUGGAUGCGCUCCCCUGAGAAGUCGCUGCGUAGUCGUGCGGAGGUGCUCUCGAGGUUGCUGCUGCGUAUCCCGCAGACGGCCCCCGCCAUGGCUGCCCUCUUCGAGCGCUUCCGCCCGCAGCUGGAGGAGCGCCGCCGACGGGAUGAGGAGGAGUACAAGCAGCAGGUGCAGCAGGCGCAGCAGAGCCAGAUGAUGCAGAGGCUGAUGAUGGAGCAGAUGGGGAUUGACCCCUCUAUGAUGGGAUAG